CCUCCCCCGCGAACUAACAGAAACGCUUUAUCAUGACAGCGAUUUAAUUAGCUUUGUUUUAUUUUUGAUUUUCAGUCUAAGCAUCUGUAUUGUAAUGCUACUAGUCAAACAGAACCCAGUCUCUUCACGGUUGCAAUAAGCGAAAUCGAAUCAGUUGGUCCAACACAUCCAGUCAUGUUUCUUCUGCAUCCGCUGCUGCAGAUAAGUGUGCUGUUGGAUCCGACACUGUGGCUGGCAGCCUCAGCCAGCCCUGCUGAUGAUAACGUUCUGCGGGCCGGCCAUGGAGAGCACGGAGAGCCGGGGCACGAGGAACCCCACAAGGAUUCCUACAGCACGUUCGCCUCUGAAUUCCUCGAGUCCAGAUACCUCUCAGACGAAGGUUACCCCUUCCCAAAUGCACCCCCUGUGGACCCAUUCACCCGGAUCAAAGUUAGCAACUGUGGAAUAACCAAAGGAUGCAUCAGAUAUGGGAAGCCAGGCUGUGAUGCAGAGACCUGUGAAUACUUCCUGAGUUACAGACGAAUUGGCACAGAUGUGGAAUUUGAGAUGAGUGCAGACACUGAUGGCUGGGUCGCUGUUGGUUUCUCCUCUGACAAAAAAAUGGGAGGUGAUGAUGUCAUGGGCUGUGUUCAUGAUGAUAACGGGCGUGUACGGAUCCAUCAUUUCUACAACGUGGGCCAGUGGGCCAAAGAAAUCAAGCGCAACCCAUCACGGGACGAGGAGGGCAUUUUUGAAAACAACCGUGUCACCUGCCGAUUUAAACGUCCUCUUCAUGUCCCACGUGAGGAGACAUUAGUGGACCUACACCUUAGCUGGUACUAUCUGUUUGCCUGGGGACCUGCCAUACAAGGUUCCAUCACAAGGCAUGACAUUGACUCCCCACCGGUGUCAGAUCGCAUGAUAAGCAUCUAUAAAUAUGGAGACAUUUUUAUGCCUGCAACUGCCUAUCAGACAUUCUCCUCUCCCUUUUGCCUCCUUCUCAUUGUUGCUCUUACUUUCUACCUGCUGAUGGGCACACCAUAACCACUACAACCAGCAACGACAUUGUAAUUGAGACAAGAGAAGGAGAGAAAGACUACAACUAUCCAUGGAGCCACCAUUAACAUAACUGUGUGCCAACAUAACAGUAUUAGAAACAGGUAGCAAUAAAUAAGAAGACUAAGAACAUUGUGAUCGUACAGCAUCCACAACCUAUGUACACUAGUAUUAAGACUAUGGAUUAAUAUUAUGUUAUUUACAGCAAUGCGAAACAGUUGAGUCUCAUUCGGAGAAGUGAGAGGGUCAGGCACACAUUAUAACACAUUUAUUUGGAUACAAGGAUUAAGGAACCCAGAAUGGUAUGUCAUGAAUAUUAGGUAGCUUACAGACUAGUAUUUGAAACUGUCUGAGCCAAACUGAGGUUAAUUUUCAGUAUGAAAAAAUGGCGCAUAUCAUGACGUACUCUGAAGUAUGGUGCACUAAACCCACUACAGAGAGGUGAACUGCUUAAUGCCCUACUGUUAAAGACUGUGUGAAAUAAGAUUUUUAGUAGGAUUCUAUUUAAUGGCAAUUACACAUUAAUUUUGUUUUAAUUGUUUUUCUCUGAUACAUUAAGCACUUGUGUAUUUUUCUAUACAUAAUUACUAAAAAGCUCCAAUCUUCUCAUUUAGAAUUUAUGGCCCUACUCAGGAAUAGUUUAGGACAACCAUUUAUUUUGUUAUAUUUCCCUCUUAGGACUGAUGAUCAAAAGAAAAAAAGACCAAACAUUGACCUACAGUCUUACUGUACCAGUUAAGGUGUGGUUGUUGUCUGAUCUAAUUAUUUAGCGCCCUUUUAAAAAGUCCUAUAGAAUAAUUUGUAUAUAAGAUUGAAGAGCGGCAUGCAAGGAUGUUUGGAAAAGUAUUUUGUUAUUUGUAAUGUCUUAAAUACAUUUUGAUCUUAAGGUUAAAUAUAAGUUAGCAUACUUGAGGGAGAGAUACAAUUCUUUUUGAUGUGCACAGCUCAGAGAUAAUCAUGUCACGUAGAAUUAUUUAUACAGUAAAUGGAGAUACUGUAUGCUAAUGGACAUGUAAUAUGUUUAUAAGGUUGUUAUUGUUAUAUUUUAAUAUAUUUUUGAAAUUAUGACAUUGAUAGUAUUAAAGAAUAUGCAAUAAGGAGUGUGCAUAGUAAAGGGCUGUGGGCCGUGAGUGUUUGUAACAUGUUUCACAUACAAGAUAUUCCUAAAUCAUUAGCAGCUUAUUUACAUUCUGACGAGUUUACUGUGAAUUCUCACCCUAAUUGGAAACAAAGAUGCUUGUGUUUGGUGGUACAAUAUACACACUGCACUUUUUAAUAAAGCUAAGAAGAAAAG